AUGCGCGGCCUCGCCCCCUCCGGCCCGGGGGGCGCCUUCGCCCUGCCGGACAACACGCGCGACGUUGUCCGGGCCUGGGCCUCCUCCGACUGGUCCCCGAGCGGCGGUGUCGAGAUCCUCCUCACCCCCGGCACCACCUGGGACUCGAGCACGGAUGCGGUCCAGCGCCGGGCCAUUGCCGAGGCCGAUCUGACCGUGGUCGUGGUGCCGCCGCCGCCGCCGGCCGCCUUCCCCCUGGAGCCCGACGCCCCGGGCCCCGGGGCCGGGGCCCUGGACGCCGCAUGGCUCGGGCGCCGCGACGAUGUGGCCCUCAUCCGGGCGUCGCUCUUCCCGCGCGAGCCGUCGGCCUGGGCCCCGCCCUCGUCGGUGCCCCUGGUGUCGGACCCGUCGCUGUCGGGGCCGGAGCAGGCGGCGGCGGCGGCCGCACGUGCAGCGGCCGCCGCCGCCACCGGCAGCGGGCCCGACUGCGAUGGCGGCCCCCUCCCCCGGCCGUCGCCGGUGCUGGUGUUCGCCACGCCGCCCGGGCUGUCGGCGCCGCAGCGCCAGGCCAUGGCGCAGCAGGCCUCGCAGGCGGUGCUGAGCCGCGCCGCGGCCGGGGCCUUCUCCCCGGCCCGGUGCUCGGUCAGCCCGGGGGACUCGGCCCAGGCCGGCUCCCCGGCCGGGCACCAGCACCAGCACCAGCACCCGGUCGAUGUGUCCACCUGGCCGUCGUUCGUGGUGGACCCGGCCGACGGCCGCGGCGCCCCGGUCCUGCGGGACUACCUGCUGGAGAUGGCGCGCCAGGAGAAGCGCCACAAUCUGCGCAUGCGCUCGCUGCUGGAUGCCGCCCAUGAAUCCCUGCAAGAGGCCGGCGAGACCCUGCGCCAGCGGGAGGUCGUCACCCGCCAGCUGUACUACAGCCCGGGGGGCAUCCGCGACCGGCUCAAGUCCUCGGGGCUGGGUCUCUUCUCGCUGAGCGAGCAACUGAGCGCCGCCUCGUCGCAAGUCUCGCGCUACCUCCUGGGCGAUGGGGCCGACGCCGGCAGUGGGAAGGAGCUCUCGAUCCCGGGCCCGGGCCCGGGCCCGGCCACGGCCGCCUCCGCGUCGGCCCCCCAGCCGCGCUUCUCCUGGCUGGACCUCUAUCGCCGGGUGCAUCUGCUUGGCGGGGCCAAUCGCCGGAAGAUGACGGUCUUCGAGUUCCAGGUGUGGCAGAAGCUCCAGGCGUCGUUGCAUUUCUCCCCGGACUCGCUCGCCCCCGCUACCACCAUGAUCAACUCCCUGCCGCUGUUCGCCCGGCUACGCGACGCCCCGGCCGCCGACGCGACACCCCCGGUCCCCGGCCCGGCCGAGCGCAUCCUCCACGAGCAGGAGCUCUUCGACAUCGUGUCCAGCACCAUGGACCACCACCUGUCGCCGGAGGCCCUGACCCGGAGCACCCGGCGCAAGCUCAUCGUCACGCACCUCGGCUCGCUGGUGCUCUAUUCCGCGGCGGCCGGCGCCCCGCUGACGGUCUGGGGCCAGACCCUGCUGGACCCGAGCGUGGUCAUCACCCCCCUGGAGGCGGGCCUGGUGGCCACCGGGUCCGUGGCCCUGUCGCUCACGAGCUUCCUCUGGCGCCGGUGGAUGCUCUCCUCGGCCGCGGCCCGUAUUCACAACAAGUGCGGUGCCCUGUCCUCCUUCUCCGACACCACCCUCUCCAAGAUGCUGUCCCUGAUCGACGACAAGGUGAACGCCUGGUCCUGCAGCCAGGCCGAGCAGCGGCGCGUCUUCCAGGCCCAGGCGCAGGUCCGCCGCGCGGCCGAGGCCCUGGACCCCCACCGGCCGGAUGAGUAGCCUCUCUGCCUCUCGCCUCCGGGCGGCGGCGCUCCCCUGUCUCCCCCCGCCCCCGGGGGGCAGAG